GACAGAGACGACAGAGACAGAUAAUGAGAAUGAGAAUGUGAGUGUGGGCCGGAAAAAACCACUCUGUUCAAACAGGCAUCCUGAGAGGUGGCACCUGAUGGCCUCACUGACAGACGCCAGAAUCCUAAGGGAGGAGCCAUCUCCAGUGGCGCUGGGGGUGUCCCGACCUCCCCUCCCUGCCUUUAUCCGGCCUCACCUUCAAACCGGCUUGCGCCCGCACCCCCUUCCUCUCCAUGGGGUGCAGGCACUCGGAACUCUUCCAGCCCUCUUCUAACCGGGUGGGGGAGGUGCGUCCCUAGCCCAGCCACAGAGUGCUGGGAGCAGCUUUCUGCUCAGUUUGUUUUUUUUUUUUGUUAACUAGGGUGGUCUUAUGGUGACACCCCCCCCCCCACACACACACCUGUACCAAUGCUCCCUCCUAACCGCGCCUGGCCUUGGGGCCGGGCUGCUCUCUGGGCAGCAUCUGGGUGGUCCCUAGCACGCCUGGAAGCUGCUCAGGUCGCACCACCCCUCCCCUGGGGCCCAGCCCUGGGAUGGAAAGGGGCGUGUGUUUCUUUAAAGGGGCCGGCUCGGCGGGAGCACGGGGGUUUGCCCGGCUCUUCCUUCCAGGCCAUCCUAGAUCCCGAAGUCGUCCUUGUGCUUGGGUCUGACAGCCUCUGACCACGACAGCUGGUGAGGAGCCGGCUGAGGACGUUUACCUCAGGGCCCCAGCUUUGCCCGGGACACCCUGGCACUGCCACCAUGGGAGCCUCAGUGGGCCUGCUGCUCCUGAGCCUGCUGCUCCUGCUGCCCUGCAUCCCCGGCCUGCCCUUCUACAAUGGCUUCUACUAUAGCCCCGGUGGCAGGAACCUGGGCAGUGGCCACAAGGAAGGCCUUUUCAAUGGAGUAAAGCUGGUGGUGGAGACACCCGAGGAGACCCUGUUCACACACCGUGGUGCCAAUGUGACCUUGCCCUGCCGCUACCACUACGAGCCGGCCCUGGCGUCCUUGAGGCCUGUGCGCAUCAAGUGGUGGAAGCUAUCGGAGAAUGGAGCCCCGGAGCAGGACGUGCUGGUGGCCAUCGGGCAGAGGCACCGCUCCUUCGGGGACUACGAAGGCCGUGCGCACCUGCAGCAAGACCGGGAGCGUGAGGCCUCGCUGGAGCUGCAGGACCUGCGGCCUGAGGACUCCGGGCGCUACCGCUGCGAGGUCAUCGAUGGGCUGGAGGAUGAGAGUGGUGUGGUGGAGCUGGAGCUGCGGGGUGUGGUCUUUCCCUACCAGCCCCCCCAGGGCCGCUACCAGCUUAACUUCCAUGAGGCCCAGCGGGCCUGUGAGGAGCAGGGUGCAGUGGUGGCCUCCUUUGAGCAACUCUUCCGUGCCUGGGAGGAGGGCCUGGACUGGUGCAAUGCUGGCUGGCUACAGGAUGGCUCUGUGCAAUAUCCUAUCACUCUGCCACGGGAGCCCUGUGGGGGCCUGGGUCUGGCACCUGGUGUGCGCAGCUACGGCCCCCGCCACCACCGUCUGCACCGCUAUGAUGUGUUCUGCUUCACUGCUGCCCUCAAGGGGCAGGUGUACUACCUGGAGCACCCCGAGAAGCUGACGCUGACAGAGGCCCGAGAGGCCUGCCGGGAAGACAGUGCCCACAUUGCCACGGUGGGCCAGCUCUUUGCUGCCUGGAAGUUCCGUGGCUUGGACCGCUGCGAUGCCGGUUGGCUGGCAGAUGGUAGCACCCGCUACCCAGUGGCUCACCCCCGCCCCAACUGCGGGCCCCCGGAGCCUGGGGUGCGGAGUUUCGGAUUCCCGGACCCACAGAGUCGCUCCUACGGCGUCUAUUGCUACCGCCAGAGCUAGGCUGCAUCAAGUCUAUGGCUACUACCCUCCUUCUCAGCUCUGUAUUUAUGGACUGGUUCCUAUUCCCUUGUGGUUUGAGACACUUUUUGCAUUUUUUUAUACUUUCUGACUUAAAGUUUAGAAGUAUUAUUUCCUGGUAAUAGCAACUCCCAGCUCCUUGGACGCCUCAGGUUCUCCAGGCUCUCAGAAGGGUCUCUGCCAUCAGAUCCUAGGCUACCUCCAUGCCCCGCCUCAGCCUGGGGAAGCAAAGGGUCCAAGGGUGGGGUGGGAGAGUCUUUCAUUUCCAGAGUGGCUCCCUAGGUCUCUGGGCGAAACCCUCUCCGCUUUCUUCUGGUUCCAGAACCUGUGUUGUUUUUAUGUUUCCCUCUUUGGGGGCUGUUGGGUCUUUGGAUAAUAAAUGGUGC